UUUACUGAAAGUUAAAAGGUGUGGUUUCAAAGCGGUUCGUUACACUGUUCAUACAUAGUUGCUAUUUAACUAACAAACCUUAUUACUGCUGAAGUAUAUAACUGAAUUAUAAGCGUAUCGUUUCGAUUUGUAGACUGUAGCCCAUAUAAAUGAUUAUUCAUACACAUAUCUGUGCGGUUAUUAACACAUGCGUAUGCCUUUUGAAGAAAUUGAAGUGUUAACAAAAACGUAAGCCUAUCUAUGGUACGAUCUUGAGGCUGGCGUGAAAUUGGAACUGAAAGAUUCAUUUAAACGUUAAUUAGUAUUGAACGAGUACCAAGCAUGGCAGCUGGAGAGGGCAACAACACACUGUCUAUGAGGGAGAAGGCUUUGUUGAAAAAUCAUGUCAAUAAACAACAUAACAGCAAUUUCCGGGCAGGAUAUGUCCCUAUUUAUGAGCCUUAUCUUCACAAGACUGGCUUACGAGGAAGAAAGGGCAUGCUUUUUUACUGUUUAGUAGUGAUUCUAUUUAUCAUUGCCCUAGCUAACUUAGCAGUAACCCUCUUGUUACUGAGUGUCCUCCGGAUUGGUUAUGGAAUGGAAAGCUUGGAAUUUAUCAGUCAUGGUCUUCUGCUUCGAUUCUUAAACCAUGCAGACCUAGGAAGGGUUAUUCCAGCCUAUGGAGUUGUUGCAGGCUUUGGUAAUGAAGAUUUAACUCUUACUGGAAAUAACCAGAAGGUGAUAAUUCAAGCUAAAAAUGAAAUUGGUGCAGCUCCUCUGAUUGGUAAUGGUCCAAGUAUGGAGGUUGGAGUUGACCAAAUUUUGAUUCAGAAUGCAAAUGAAUUCCGAGUUAGAAGUCCCUCAACUGGCCAUACUCUGUUCUCUACCAAUUACAAGGACUUCAAACUUCCACCUGGAAUUUCAAAUUUAGCUGUGAAAGAAGCUCAUGUAUCUAGAAUAACAAGUGCAACUUCUGAGCCACUCACUAUUUUCUCUCAAUAUCAAACUGUCUUAAAAGGUAAUGAAGGACUGAGUAUGGAGGGUCAAGAAAUUGUAUGGGUUGCUGGUUUGGAUGUUUAUCUAAAGAGUGUGAACCAGAGUGUAAGGCUGGAUGGAAAAAAAGGUGUCCGGUUGUCCCCUGAUAAGCUUCCUCUAGCUGCUGAACCACUUUCUGGUGCCAGAAGAUGGUACAAGGUAUGUGUGUGUAUGCCAAGUGGAAAGGUUUUCCGUGUUCCAGUUAGAAACUAUGGACAUGGCUGCAAUGAUGUUCGUUUUCCUGAGAGUAUUAAUCCUUGUGUGGAUUAAUAUCAUAACCAAUUUUAUCAAUCAUGUUGUAGCUAGUCAUGUGUCAUUCUGUUUGCUAUUAUAAAAUAAGUUAACUUGUAAAAUAUGUAAGUUUAUUUUAUCUCAUGUCACCUUUUAUUUAUUUCAUACAGUAUAUAUUGAAAUCAAAUAAAUACUCUUACUAUUUACAUAAUUGAUAUUUUAUUAUUAUAUUUGAUAAGGAACAUUAAAAUCUUAUUGUACAGUCAUGAU